AUGAAAACUUUGAUCUAUUUUCGUAUUUUGGCCAUGGGUUUUCUGUUGCUUGUGUCCCUAGGUUUACUGUCACUUGCGUCCAUUGGUUAUCUGGCUCUUGUUGCCAUUGGUACUUGGUGCAACCCUGCCAUUGGUUUUAUGGCUCUUCCUGCAGUUGGUAUUCGGUCCUUUGCGUCCAUUGGUUAUGUGGCUCUUGAUGUCAUUGAUGUUCAGUAUGUUGUGUCCAUUGGUUGUCCGGCUGCUGCUGCCAUUGUUGUUCGGUAUGUUGCGUCCAUUGGUUCUCCGGCCCAUGUUGCCAUUGGUUUUCGGUCGCUUGCGUUGGUUCCUCUUCUGUCUCUUUUGGCCCACUUCCUAACACCCCACAAUUGCAGGUGCCCUAUCUGUGACCAUUAUCAGACCUUCCACAUCACCAAUGCAUUUAUGCAGUUUUUCAAGAAAUCAUGUCCAAGAAUCUAUGAGGAAGGGGUGUUUAGGUUUAAAGUUGCUAAGAAAAUUUCCACCAAAGAUCGGUAUACAAAGGCUGAUGACCGCAGCAGGAUUCGAUGUCAUAUCAGUAACGCUGGAGAAGAAGGAUCAUCGAAGACGGUGCUGCAAACCCUAGCAACAUCCGACGAAGAAAGAGAGACCACCGAAAAUCGAGCCAUAGAGAUGGUGGUUGCCGCCACCGGCCACCACUAA